GUUUUUGAUCAUCGUUGCCCAAGACCAGAUCGGCCCCAGUCUUGUCCCUGAUCGGCCUGGCCUCGACCCCGCUGCGGCCGUCAACACCCACGCACACGCUCGGGCUCACCGCAUCGACAUCCUCCCUCCUCUUCCUCCUGCGUCACCGUCCCUCUCUCCGAUCGCCCGCCAUGUCAAAUAAACUCAACUACGACCUGCUCUCGGCCGCAUCGUCCUUCCUCAACGCCGUCAAGGACCGGGAGCUGGACCUGCGAGCUUACAAGAUUUCCAAAAUCGAGAAUCUGUCCAUCACCAAGGACCAGAACGAUACGAUCGAUCUCUCCGACAACGACCUCCGAAAAAUCGAAAACAUCCCGUACAUGACCCGCCUAAAGAGCCUGUUUCUGUCCAACAACCGCAUCUCGCGCAUCGACUUGGACGUUCCCAAGAACUUGCCCAACGUCCAUACCCUCAUCCUGACCAACAACCAGCUCCAGGAGCUCGGCGAUCUCGAUCCCCUGGCGGACUUUGCCCAUCUCGAGACACUCUCUUUGAUCGACAACCCCGUCGCUCUGAAAAAGUACUAUCGCCUCUAUUUGAUCCACAAGUGCAAGGCUCUGCGAAUCCUGGACUUUCAGCGUAUCAAGGAUGUGGAACGCGCCGAGGCCCGUCGUGUCUUUGGCGGCGCGGACGGAUCCCGGCUCCUGAACAGCAUAUCCACAAAGUCGACCUUUGAGCCUGGGCAGCUUGAGAAGAAGGACCUCAAGGCCUACCAGGGCCCCACUCCCGAGGAGGCCCAAAAGAUCCGCGAGUCCAUCAAAAACGCCUCGACCUUGGACGAGAUCAACCGACUGGAGCGGCUGCUGCGGGGCGGCGUUGUGCCCGAAUCCAACAUGGAUGUUGACGAGGAGCAGGAGCAGGAAGCGUAAUAGACUAGGAUUUCAGAACGGA